AUGCCAGCGUUGAACGGCGGUCUAGCCGCGCAACGACACGCUUGCAGGGCUGGGUGCAUUCUGUGCACUUGUGGGUUCGACUCCCACACAAGUUGGCGGCGUCCCUCGCACCUACACUGGUUCGCAUGCGUUGAAGCUGCUGCUCCGGCAAGGCUUCCAGUAGGCGCGGUCCUGCGACGUAUACUCUGCUUCAUCGACAACGAUGGCCCUAAUAACACACGGACGCGAUGUACGAGUGCCACUGGAUCCACAUUUCGGCCGCCACAGCUGCACGUCCCCACUACGGAUGUCGUGCCAGUACACCGUCCCGCCGCCUAUACGGCGGUGCUGGCUGCUGCCGAUCGCGCGACCAUGCAGGCACCGCGGCUUCUGCCAUUCACCAUGCGCUUGACAGUCUCCUGCGCUGCCACAUACGGGGUCCCAUCCAUCGAUGUUACUGCUCGUCUGUCCGUUCGAAAUGCCUAUUGCCUGAAGCAGCUCUGGCCUGUAGAGCAGGUCCUGCGAUGGGUACUCUGCUUGAUCGACAACGAGGGCCCUAAUAACACACGGACGCGACGUACGAGUGCCACUGGAUCCACAUUUCGGCCGCCACAGCUGCACGUUGCCACAACGGAUGUCGUGCCAGUACACCGUCCUGCCGCCUAUGCGGCGCUGCUGGCUGCUGCCGAUCGCGCUACCAUGCAGGCAAUGCGGCUUCUGCCAUUCACCAUGCACUCGACAGUCCCCUUCGCUAACACAUCCGGAACCACGGAUCUUACCGUUCGUCCGUCCAUUCGAAAUGCAUCUUGCCUGCAGCGGCUCUACUGUGUAUGGCAGAACGACUGGACAGCAGGCUGUACAGUCCCCGACGCAGCUGGAGACUGUAUUUAA